AAGUCAUUGUGGCUGUGCUAUAAUUGAAGGAGAUUGCUUGUGUCAAAGAAAUCGCGCGCUAUUAAAAUUUAUAAACAUUGCCUUUAGCCCGCAAAGUCGAUUUUUAGUGUUUUAAUUUUCAUGUACUUAGAAAAAUUUGCAAUAUGGCUCCUCCUAGGCGGAUUGUAAGGCAACAAUUAGAAAUACUAAUGGACUUUCUUGAAGAUAAUAAAGACAUGUCAAAAGGAUUACCGCCUGGUACACCAGUAUGUCAUCAGGCUACCAGGCAGAAAUGGGCAGCAUUAGCAAAACAGCUCAAUGCUGUUCAAUCAGGUGCUUUGAAAACACCGGAAGGAUGGAAGAAGUAUUGGUUUGAAUGGCGUCAUAAGUGCAGAAGAAAAGCAGCUGAUGUUCGAAGAUUUCAAUCAGCGUCAGGUGGUGGGUCCAAUCGAUUUGUGCCUCUGAAUGAUUUAGAAGUGAGAGUUCUUGAGCUCAGUGGCAAAGGAUCGGUUACAGCUUCUGUAUCAUCCUCCAAGCAGUUAGAGAACUUCUUAGCCGAGGACUCUGAUUCUGAGCCUCUAGAAAAUGUAAAAGCACGGUCUGCUGUAUCUAAUGUCAAAGUGAGGAGUUCUACAAGCAACACUAAGAUAGAAAAAGAUGAUGAUGUUCGACCUGUAACACCACCACCUAAAUGGGCUUUAGAACUAGAAGAAAGAAGAAUCGCAGCAGAGGAACGUAUGGCAGAAGCUUUAGAAUCUAUAGCGUCUGUAAUGAGAUCACAAGAAGAAAGACGAGCUAUGUUGGAGGACAGAAUAGCAGAUGCGUUGACUGCUAUAGCUGGCACUGUGCAGGACUUAAAUAGUGGUAUACAGGAUGCUGUACAACACUUGCAGCAAGUAUAUCCAGUGCAAACUAAUGGACCCAGUAUAAAGGGAGAUGUGUUCUUAUAACUUACAAUUUAUUUUUUAUAUAACUAUAUAUACUUCUAACUAUAAUAUUAUUAAUUAUAAGUCUACAUUUUUA